UAUGUCUGCUAAAGUGUUUGUAGUAGAACCAUUAUUUUAUCGGAAAAAGACCGCGGAAUAUCUAGUCUCGAUCGUUCAGUUAUUUGUUGCAACGCGCAUCCCUCCAGUUUUCCCAUUGAGGAGAUAAUUAUCCAGAUUAAAUCGUCUGAUCGAAACCGAGUGCUCCUAUUACACUCUCACCAUGCCGUAGCUAGUCAUCAUUGCUGUUUAUAAUUCGGAAUGUAAAUGUAAUUGAACGAAAGAGAUAAAAAUAUAACUGAAAAAACAAUCAUACCAAUGCAAAACUGGAAUCAAUGGCAGUUAUCUACUGCCACUACUGCUUCCGGGUCGAUGCCACAGACACCGGCAGGGCCCGGUUAUCCUGUUCCCGGGGCUGAUCCAAUGGCAUCAAUGCAGGCAUACAUGCAAUAUUAUAAUCAGCCAGCACCGAGUGGAUAUACCGCUGAGCAGUGGUCAGCUGCUCAACAGCAAAAUUGGACCCAAUGGCAGCAGUGGCAACAGCAGUAUCAACAAUGGCAGGCUCAGUAUGGAGCUAAGUAUCAGGACGCGAUGAAGCAGAUGUCAGCAGGAGUUGGUGGUGGACUUUCAUCAAUGGUUCAGCCUCCUCCACUCCCCAAGGAGAAUACGCAUUUGAAACCUCCCUUGCCAUCGGUUACCGUGAACGCGUAUAAUUCCUCUAAUCGCGGAAUUCUAGCCCCUCAGAACAAUGCACCUCUCUUUCCAAUGAACAAUGUCGCGAAUCCUCCGUUACCUCUCGGUCCACCACCUCCGUUGGCUGGCAAUCCUAAUAAAAGAAGCGCCAGUACUAAUAUCGUAACUGAUAGUGCUAAAAAAAUGAAGAACGAAGAAGAGGAACUUACCGAGGCCGAAAGAACAUUUGACGCACAAUUUAAACAGUGGGAAGAACAAUUUAACAAGUGGAAACAGCAGAACGUUAAUCAUCCGGAUAAGGCCCAGUACAAGCAGUACGAAGCAAAGUGGACAACAUGGCGAGAGAAGUUGAUCGAGCGUCGUGAUCAGAUGAGGAAGAAGCGAGAAGCUCAAAGGGCGAAGCUAGAAGCCGAGAAGAAGAAGAACAUGGCGGGAGGUGAAAAAAUACUGAAUAUUCUGUCCAGCUCUGAGAAUCAGGGCUUACUGAACAAUCUCCUGGGAAUUGGAAAGACCCUCGGAUUAACAGGAAAAGACCAAUCAGGAGAACUGCCUCAAGCUCCGAUACUACCAACACCUGCCACGCAACCCCAGAUGACGACACAAGGACAGACGGCGCCGUUGCUACCCAUUAUGCCCGACAUGAGUCAAAGUCCCUGGCCAAAUCAGUCGUGGUCGGGCCAGUACAACAUGGGUAAUAAUGCGCCCGUGCCAGGAUUUGGAAGCUUUCCACAACCUCCGCCUACAUUGUCUCUGAAUAAUCCGCCACCAAUGCUACCAACUAUGACAGGAUUUAAUCAACCUAAUGCAGUAAAUACGGGUGUUAGCUUCUCGCAGCCACCGCCGGGUUUCAACCCAGGCUUUACUGGAAUGAACUCCCAGAUGAAUCCGAAUAAUUCUCGGGAUGGAAGUCGAGGACAAGGCAGGCAUGAAGAUGGACCGUCGAACUUGAAUCAAGACUUGAGGGAUAACAAUCAACAGAAUAGAUUCAAUGAUCGAGGGCCCAAUGAUCAAUAUCGAGGAUAUGAUCAGUUUGAUCGUGAUGGGCCGAGGGGUAUGAACUCAGGGCGAAUGAAUCAAGGUGAUGGACGUGGCGAUUUCUCGAAUGAUCGCUUUGACAGGGGCGGACGGAACUUUGGGUCUGGUGGAAGAAAUGACUUUAGACCGGAUUCCUACGCUCCCCAAGACCGGUUUAAUGAUCAGAAAGCUAAGGAUCAAGAUCGAUUUGGCAGUAAUAGAGGUCCCUACGGUUCGAACUUCGAUCGUGGGCCGCAGGAUCGAUUCGGAGGCGAUGGUCGUUUUAAUAGCGGAAAUGAUCAAUUCAAUAGCGGAAGUAAUCGUUUUAAUGAUGAUAAAGAACGAUUUGGGGGGAAUAGAUCGAUGUCUGAUGAUCGAUCAAUGCCUGGUGAUCGACUUGGUCCCAAUGGGAAUCGUUUUAAUUCAUUGGAUGGGAAUGAUCGAAGGGAUAAUUUUGGUCCUAACAGUCGGAAUUUUGGAAAGAAUGAUCGAUUCGAUGCUCCUCCGGAAAUAUCGCCAGAGCUGAAAGCGCUAAUGGAAAAGAGACGAGCGGCCCAGGAUGUGUUUAAACCAUCUAAUAGUUUCUUGAACUCUGAAAAAACUGUGAAUACCUUUGAGUCAUUGGGUGAGAGCUUCCGGAAAAUCACUGGCGAUACACCAUUUUUAUCGAGAGAUCGAUCAGGAGAUCGUGGUCGGAUGUCUCCUCACGGGCCUUCAUCCAGAUCUGGGCCAUUUGGCGGAGGAUCCAACAUUGGACCCGGUCAGGUUCCUUUAUCAAGAUCUGGACCAUUUGGCGGAGGACCUAACAACAGUGGACCAGACCAUGGUCUUACCUCUAGAUCAGGCCCAUUUGGUGGCGGGCCCAAUAGUGGCCCAGAUCAAGCUCCUUCAUCCAGAUUUGGAUCAUUUCCUGGAGGACCCAAUAAUGGAUGUGGUUCAUUCGGUGCAGGGCCCAAUAGCGGGCCAGAUCAUGGCCCUCCUAACUCUGGACAAUUUAGCGGAGGCCCUGAUAGUGGACCAGAUCACGGCGCUUCAUCUAGACAAGACCACGGUCCUUUCCCUAGACCUAGUCCAUUCGGUCCCGGAUUCAAUAGUGGACCAGAGUACGGUUUAUCAUCUAGACCUGGCCGAUUCGGUCCAGGACCCAAUAAUGGACCAGACCACGGCCCUUCUUCUAGACCUGGACUAUUCGGUCCAGGACCCAAUACUGGACUAGACCAGAGCCCUUCCAGACCUAGCCUAUUCGGCUCGGGACCCAAUCGCGGAUUAGACCACGGCCCCUCCUCUCGACCUGGUCUGUUUGGGGCAGGGCCCAAUAGUGGACCAGAUAAUUGUCCUUCUUCCAGACCUGGUCUGUUUGGUCCAGGACCCAAUAAUGGACCAGACAAUGGUCCUUCUUCCAGACCUGGUCUCUUUGGUCCAGGACCCAAUAGCGGACCAGACAAUUGUCCUUCUUCCAGACCUGGUCUUUUUGGUCCGGGACCCAAUAGUGGACCAGAUACUGUUCCUGCUUCCAGACCUGGUCUCUUUGGUGCAGAAUCCAAUAGUAGACCAGACCAGAGCCCAUCUUCUAGAUCACCGGUACUCAGCGGGGAACUGAAUAGUGGAUCAGAUAACAAAUUCCGAGAUGAUUUCUGCUCUCGGGGUGAUGACACCUUCCGACCUCGUGAAACUGAUAAUGACGAUGCACGAGAUAGGGGUCCGGGAGAGUUUGAUUCAGGAGAUACGGGAUCACGUCCAAAAGAUUUCGGAUCACAAGGAGAUAAUCUUGGAGCUCAAGGUGAACCUCCAGCAUCACUGGCUACAUCUUCCCAGGAUGUACCACCUUUAGAGGUGCCUCCUUGGAUAGACCCGAAUAUAAUGAAAAGCCCCAUAGAGCCAAGCGAUGGAAAUACAAACGUAAAAAAGACACCUGAUGAUUCCAUUGGCCCCGAUCCAAAUGAACAGGAUAAACCUUUCGUGAAUCCUGCUGCAACAUCAUCACCCAUUGCCGAACCACUGACGAAAAAAUCAGAGGGUCUUCCAUUUAUGGGGGAAAAUGAUCCGAAGCCCGAAGAUUUGAAUAUGGAGCCACCUCCAGAAUUACCAGAUCUAGGCCCCGUCAAACAAACUGAUCAUAUGUCUAGGGACAUGCCAACAGAAUCAAAUCCGUCUGGUAAUUCAUUUGAUCUUCCUGGAACUUUCUUCAAUGGGUCCUUCGGCGGUUCAGGUUCUUUUGGAAAUCGCGGAAUGAGUGGACCGGGAGGACGUCAAGGACCUGAGGAGCAUCUUCGCGGACCUAAUGAUCCCCCUUUUGGUAUGAGAAAUAUGGGCGAUCCGAAAUUUCCUUUGCGGGGUCCUCAUGACAAUAAUUUCGGACCUCAACAAAAUCCAGGAGCAUUUGGGCCUGACGGCACGGAUGGCCGUUUCCGUAACGAAUCUGGUGACUUCGGCCCUCGCAAGUCUAAUCUACCAUUUGGUUCCAGAGACAAUGAUGGUUUUGGCCCUAAAGUCAAUGCGCCAUUCGACUUUGGUGGUCGCACACUUAAUCCACAGUCUGGUCCUAGAGAUACCGAUAAUUUUGGUCCUCGUGGACCUCCACCGUUUGGACCAGGAGAUCGCGAUAAUUUCGGGCCUCGUGGACCUCCACCAUUUGGACCAGGAGAUCGCGAAAAUUUCGGUCUUCGGGGACCCAAUUCCCAGUUCGGUCCUCGUGAUGGUGAUUUAGGCCCUCGUAAUUUGCCAUUUGGAUGUCGAGACGGUGAUAACUUUGGCUCUCGAGGAGGAAAUAAUUCAUUCCGGCUAGGGGACGAUAGCUUUACACCACGAGGACUUAAUCUGGGUCCCAGGCCUCCAGAUCUUCAUAAUUUUGGUCUUCGUAAGCCACAUGACAUGCGUGAUCGACCAUUUGGCUCCGAUAACUUUAUGCCCCGACCUUUGGAUAAUUUCGGGCCUCCUAGGGGAGGAUCUGAUUCGAACUUUCAACCAACUGACAAUGACCCUCGAGGGCCAGUCCCAUUAAUGAGUGUCAACGGCCUAAUGAGCCAGGCAAGAGACAGUAGGAUGGGUGCUAUGAAUCGUGACAGACCUUGUGAUCGGUUCCGAGAUGAGAUGAGCCAACCGUUCAACAAAUCUAUGGAGAACUUGAGGCCACCUAUUGGAGGGCCUAUGUUGAAUCCCAGGGAUGUGGAUAUACGGCCCAACUUAUCAAAACUAGAAACGGAUCGUGAACCGCAAGACUCACAAGGUCCUUUGAACAGAGAUGAUGGGCCGUUCAGUCGAUCUGGCGACAUCACAUCAUCAGGACGACCAGCCCCUCUCGUUCAAAGAGGCUUCAAUGAACCUGCACAAGACACUCCUCGCAAUACAUUUUCACGUCGCAUAGAUCAGAUUCAACCUGGUAAUCCUCGUGAUGGUCCCAUUCGUGAAUUUUGUGCGGAGAAGCAAUUUAAUUACAAUCAUGGGGGCGGUGUUCCUGAUCAGGUGUUCAAUGAAUAUGUGCCAUCAAAGGUCAUUGAUUAUGGCCACAUCAAGAAACCCAUGCAACAAGAUUAUGUUACACCCGCACAGUGUUUUGAUUAUUCACACGGUAAGUUUAAACUCACUGCACCGGAUCACGAGAUAUUCCCGAAAUUGGAUUUCAAACAUUGGGUGGAGAAUGACCACAAUCUUCGCGAGUAUGAUGAGGGAAUGAGGGCGUACGAGACACGGAAGAGGCAUGCACGAAGGUUGAAGCAGGCUGAAUCAAGAUUGUCGGAGCCGAGGAUGGAUGACCGGUGGAAACGUGAGGAACACAGGGAGCUUGGAGGUGGCCGAUAUCCAUCGUGGGAUAGACCUAACAUGGCAAGAGUUAUUGGUCCAAGAGCACCAGAUUACAGGGAAUACCGUGAUUACGAUGGCUAUGUGGACACGAGAGAUUCACGGGAUAAACGAGGGCGAGGAAGAUCUUGGGAAAGAGACAUAGAUCAUCAUCGUGAAGAACGCAAUCGUAGAAGCGCCAGCAAAGAUAGGACACGUGAAAAAUACGAGAGAUCUCGCAUGGAUAUCGAUUCCGAAUUUAACAGAGAUGAUGAAAGAUCUAAGGGGAAUGUAAGCCGGCAGGAGAACCCAACAAUGAUUCCCAAAGACUCGUCUCCUCCCAAGGAUAUCAGCCAAUCAGCUGACAACAACGAUGGCAGCCCACCGAAGACAUUGGAGUUGGGGAAGUCACCGAAUUACACCAUGGUGGAUGAUUUAUUGUGCUCCCCAGGACGGCACAAUCGGCCACCUAAGAUAGCAAUCAUCCUCAGAGGACCACCUGGUAGUGGGAAAUCAUAUGCUGCAAAACUCAUUAAGGACAAGGAAUUGGAGCAGGGUGGAUCGGCACCCCGGAUCCUCAGUCUAGACGAUUAUUUCCUCGUCGAGAAGGAUGUGGAAACUCAAGACGAUAACGGAAAGAAAAUCAUUAAUAAGGAAAUGGUGUAUGAAUAUGAGGAAGCCAUGGAGCCUAGUUACAUAGCAUCGCUGGUGAAGGCUUUCAAGAAAAAUAUCACCGACGGCUUCUUCAACUUUAUCAUUCUCGAUGCCGUCAAUGAAAAAAUCUCGGAUUAUGAGGAGUUGUGGAGUUUUGCCAAAACAAAAGGAUUCAAGGUGUUCGUGGUUGAAAUGGAUAUGGAUGUUGCUGUGUGCUUGCAACGUAACAUUCACAACCGCACGGAGGAUGAGAUUAACAGAAUCAUCGACUACUUCGAGCCAACACCUAGUUAUCAUCAGAAAUUGGAUGUCACCUCGUUUUUUCAGGAGGAUUCAAUUCAAGAGGUUCACAUGGAAGAAGCCCAAUCGUCGACAAUAAAGAAGCAAGGGGAGGGAAAUGACGAUAGUCAGGAUAGUCAAGACGAUGGCUCAACAUCCAUGGGCGUUAGUAAGUGGGAGAAAAUGGAGGCAGAGGACAAAUUGGAUCGAUUGGACGGUUUGAAACGCAAGAAUGAUGGAAAACCUCAGACAAUGGAAGACUUUCUACAAGUUCCAGAUUAUUACAACAUGGAAGAUAACUCUGGAAAGAAGAGGGUGAGGUGGGCUGAUUUGGAGGAGCGAAAGGAGCAGGAAAAAAUGCGCGCUGUGGGUUUUGUCGUGGGCCAGACAAAUUGGAACAGAAUGAUGGAUCCUACUAAGGGUGGCAGUGCACUCACACGUACCAAGUUUUUCAAGUUGUCUAAAUGAAAUGAAAUUGGGAAUACUCAGAUUGCUGAAAAACGUGUGUAAAGACCAUGAGAAAACAUAGUUAAGAUUAUAUGCAGAAUUACAUAUUUGAAUAUCGUCAUAUUUUGCAAUUAAAUAUUUAGUCCUAAGUCGAUUGACGAAAUGUCUCUGAAAUGUAUGUAUUAAAAAUAAAUGUUUAAUUAAGGACA